AUGAUCGACGGCGGAGAAGAACAGCCGGACGACGGCGGCGUCGGCGGACGGGACACGGCCGUCAAUUACAAGACGAGAAAGCGGCCGGCGGACGCGACGGCCACGGCGGUGUACACUAUAACCGGUGGUGACGCGAACCAGCUCCAAGACGUGUCGCCGCCGUGGUCGUCGCAGUGCGCGUGUUGCCCGCCACCCGUUGGAUGCGCCGUCGCGCUGCAGGGAAACGGCCCGCAGAGGCGCAGGCCACGGACGUGGACGUGUGGCGGUGCGGCCGGCGGCGGCGGCGGCGCCGUGUCGAGUCUGACCAGGAGCAGGACGUUCACGAGCAACUACGAACGGGCCAUAUCGUCGCUGUUGUGGCAGCCGUACGAGUGCAGGUCGUCCAGCAAUUCGCUCAACGACGACGGCGACGUGGCCGUCUGGCUCAGCGCAACCGGCCGGUAUGAACCGCUGUCCAGCCGGUCGUCGCUCAGCCUGUCCACCAUACCCAGGUCGGCCGGCUCGUGUUCAUCGUCGGUGUGCCGUCUGCUGGACGACGGCGGAGACAAAACGCCUCCACCGCCGUGCUGGUGUAGCGCGGAAACCGCGGCCGUCCUCGGUGACCCACAUAACGACGAUAUUAUGGCCCGAACGACAACCGGUUACCGCUGUCCGCCGCAUGGAUCGCUGCUUCAACGUCGAGGCACCGUCGCCGCCGCCGUCGCCGUCGAAGGGGGACGACCGCUGCCGCGUUCGCGUCUCGCCGCAGACGUUCAGUCAAACGUACAGCGUCCGACCUCGCGUAUCGUGCCGUCUCGUUGUGUCAGUGCGGGUGAUUGGUGUUGUGAUAACGGAGACGUCGAUGUCGACGACGACGACGACGACGACGACGAGGAUUACUAUUGCGUUUACGAGGACGAAAACCUCCGCCGAGUGGAUAACGACGUCGACGUUCGCGAUGAUAACCGAGUGCGCGCCGUAGUGCUGAUGGACAACGGGAGCGGUUUGAUAACCGGCGGCGAGGUCGUCGGUGGGACGGCGGACAGCGGUAAGCCUCAGGAGAGGACUUACGCGUCCACGGAAGCGCAGACGGACGAGACGGCGUGCUCGUCCGCGUACAGGGAACAGCGGCGGCGGGAACGACGGGAACGCCGGCUACAACAGCAACGACGCGUCCACCCGCCGCCGCCACCUCCUCCCGCGCUUUCGUCGUCGUCGCUGCUGCCGCCUCCACCGCCGCCGCUUCUGUUGCAGCAGCAGCAGCAGCCCUCGAUCGCCGUGUCUGUCGACCCGGACAGGCUGCCCGACCUGUUGCUCAACUCGCACCUUCCGCCGCCGCUGUACACCACCGUCGGCGGCGGCGUGUGCGACGUCGCCAUGGCCACCCGGGCGGCCAACUUGCAGGCGUCCCUGUUGCCCGCCCCGUUCCAACACCCUCAUCAGCCGCCCGGGGCGCCCGUCGGCUCUGCCGUCAACACGCCCGGUGGAUUCCGCCUGCCGUUCGGCAUCAUACCGGCCAGGAGACGAAGGUCAGUGUUUUGA